UUCGCUGUAAGCGGCAGGUACUGCUUGGGACGCCAUGUUGUGAGAGGAAGUAAAUUAUCGCUCCCGUGUGUGACAGUGUGGGGAGCUGCGCUGGAGCGGCAGACACCACUAACCCGCUACCGGACGAGCGGCAAAGCCAGCGGACAGCCGACUCACCUCGGUCUGUUCGCUGCUCCACUGAGACCUGUGCGGGAACCUCCGGGGCUCUGCGCUCUUCGCUCUGUGGGGAAGAUGCCGCUGGCGCAGCUGGCUGACCCGUGGCAGAAGCUGCCGGUGCAGAAAGUAGAGAACGAGAAUGGACAGCAGUUUGUGGAUGAAUCGAUGUGUGGAAUCGAAGAGGAAUCUGGAAACAACGAUGAAGGCAGUAUAAAUGAGAUUGCAAUCACACACCAUGUAAAGGAAGGGUGUGAGAAAGCAGAUCCUUCACAGUUCGAGCUUUUGAAGGUACUGGGCCAAGGCUCAUUUGGAAAGGUAUUUUUGGUGCGAAAAAUCUCAGGAUCUGAUGUUGGCCAACUGUAUGCAAUGAAAGUGUUGAAAAAAGCUACCCUUAAAGUUCGAGAUCGUGUCAGGACAAAAAUGGAGCGUGAUAUUUUGGUGGAAGUUAAUCAUCCUUUUAUUGUCAAAUUGCACUAUGCUUUCCAAACAGAAGGCAAGCUGUACCUAAUUUUGGAUUUUCUCAGGGGUGGUGAUUUGUUUACACGCUUAUCCAAAGAGGUAAUGUUCACCGAAGAAGACGUGAAAUAUUACCUAGCAGAAUUGGCACUUGCUUUAGAUCAUCUUCACACGCUUGGAAUAAUAUAUCGGGACCUAAAACCGGAAAAUAUAUUGCUCGAUGAAGAGGGCCAUAUAAAGUUAACAGAUUUUGGUCUCAGUAAGGAGUCUAUUGACCAUGAAAAGAAAGCAUAUUCGUUUUGCGGCACGGUGGAAUACAUGGCUCCGGAGGUAGUCAACCGGCGUGGCCACACACAGAGUGCAGACUGGUGGUCCUUUGGGGUUCUUAUGUUUGAAAUGCUGACGGGUACCUUACCCUUUCAAGGAAAGGACAGAAAAGAGACAAUGACUAUGAUUUUGAAAGCCAAGCUUGGGAUGCCUCAGUUUCUAACACCAGAAGCCCAGAGUCUCCUGCGCAUGCUCUUCAAGAGAAACCCUACCAACAGACUAGGUGCCGGUCCAGAUGGUGUUGAAGAGAUUAAAAGGCAUCCUUUUUUUGCGACAAUAGAUUGGAAUAAACUAUAUAGGAGAGAAAUUCAGCCACCAUUUAAGCCAGCAACAGGAGGACCAGAAGACACUUUUUAUUUUGACCCUGAAUUUACUGCAAAAACUCCAAAAGAUUCUCCGGGUAUCCCAGCAAGCGCCAAUGCACAUCAGCUCUUCCGAGGCUUUAGCUUUGUGGCUAUUUCUUCGGAGGAAGAAAACCAGUCUAUUCCGACAGUUGGGGUCCAUGGCAUUGUUCCACUUCACAGAAACAGCAUCCAGUUCACGGAUGGUUAUGAACUGAAGGAAGAUAUUGGUGUGGGUUCCUAUUCUAUCUGCAAAAGGUGUAUCCACAAGGGCACAAACAUGGAAUACGCAGUAAAGAUAAUUGACAAAAGUAAGAGAGAUCCAACUGAGGAAAUCGAAAUUCUGUUGCGUUAUGGACAACAUCCCAACAUUAUUACUUUAAAAGAUGUUUAUGAUGAUGGAAAGUAUGUUUAUUUAGUAACAGAACUAAUGAAAGGGGGGGAACUGCUAGACAAAAUCCUGCGACAGAAAUUCUUUUCCGAGCGGGAAGCAAGUGCCGUGCUGCACACAAUAACAAAGACCGUUGAAUACCUCCAUUCCCAGUGGGUUGUCCACAGAGAUCUGAAACCCAGCAAUAUACUCUAUGUGGAUGAGUCUGGAAAUCCCGAGUCUAUUCGAAUCUGUGACUUUGGCUUCGCCAAGCAGCUCCGGGCUGAAAAUGGCUUGCUGAUGACUCCUUGUUAUACGGCUAACUUUGUGGCCCCUGAGGUUUUAAAACGCCAAGGAUAUGAUGCUGCGUGUGAUAUCUGGAGUCUGGGGGUUCUACUUUAUACUAUGCUAACUGGGUAUACUCCAUUUGCAAAUGGACCAGAUGAUACCCCUGAGGAAAUACUGGCAAGAAUCGGAAGUGGGAAAUUCUCUCUAAGUGGAGGUUACUGGAAUUCAGUCUCUGAUAUCGCCAAGGACUUGGUAUCAAAGAUGCUUCAUGUGGAUCCCCAUCAGAGGCUAACUGCUGCGCAGGUACUGAAGCACCCCUGGAUAGUGCACUGUGACCAGCUGCCCCAAUUCCAACUCAACCGGCAGGAUACUCCACAUCUAGUAAAGGGAGCCAUGGCAGCUACAUACUCUGCUUUGAACCUUAAUCCUUUGUCUCCUGUAUUGGAACCUGUUGGCCGUUCCACCCUCGCUCAGCGGAGAGGUAUAAAGAAGAUUACUUCAACAGCCCUGUGAAAGUGACCUUGCCUGUCGAUAGAGAAACAAAGCUGAAGAUCAACAGCACAAAACCAAGCCAACAGUGAAAGCACACAUCGGAAAAAAGACACUCCGGCAAGUCCCUGAUGGACCUAAAUGCUGCUGCUUCGGCCUAUUCUCUCUUUCAAUUGUUGAUGGCAACUCUUCUACCUUACUGACUCUGACAAGUGUGUCACUCGAAAGUAUAAACUGGCCCUCCUCCAGGGAAAGCAAUAAGAAUCGGCUCUCCCCUAGCAUGAAGAUUACACUGAAAACAAGUCUCCAGGAUGAAAUACCAAUAUUUUUUAUAAGGGGAGAAUGUUAGCCUUCCAAUAUAUAAACGGAUUGUAGUUUCAUGUUAUUUUGAGCACUUACAGUUUAUCAACGCUAUGGGCCGUAUCUGUAAUGGCACUGCCUGCUCUCAUUGUCAGUUUGAUUUAACAUUAUUGCCUGUUUAUCUGUUGCACUCUGUUUCUCAGCCCUGUGUAUUUUGAGUGAAUUUUAUGACAAGAGUUUGAUCCAGUGGAGUGAUUGUGCAGACUCUUAUAAAAGGAGAUGUGAUUGUGGAAAUGCUGGAGAAUGGACAACCGUAAGAGAAAGAA